UGCCCCGCGGGAGGGAUGCCCCGCUGCGGAGCGGGCCUGGGGCGGGAGGAGGAGCUGCUGUCGAGAAUGCCGAAAUCAAAGGAACUUGUGUCUUCAAGCUCAUCUGCCAGUGAUUCAGAUAGUGAAGUUGACAAAAAGGCAAAGCGGAAAAAGCAAGCAGCUCCAGAAAAGCCUGUAAAGAAACAAAAGACUGGUGAAAGUUCAAAAGGUGCAGCUUCUUCUAAGCAAAGCAGUAACAGAGACGAGAAUAUGUUUCAGAUCGGCAAAAUGAGGUAUGUCAGUGUUCGUGACUUUAAAGGGAAAGUCUUAAUUGAUAUUAGAGAAUAUUGGAUGGAUCAAGAAGGUGAAAUGAAACCUGGCAGAAAAGGUAUUUCUUUAAAUCCAGAACAGUGGAACCAGCUGAAGGAACAAAUUUCUGAUAUUGACGAUGCAGUAAGAAAACUGUAAAGACAGAGCCAUACAGGAACUUCUAUCAUAUUAGUUGUUUCAAUAGGUCUUUUUACAUUGGCUUUUGUUUUCUAAAAUAUUGUUUUCCAAGCUAUUGUAUAUUUGGAUUGCAAAACAAUUUGUAAGAUGAAUACUUUUUUUAUGUGCAUUAAAAGUGUAUUCUGAGUGAGGCUAUUUGUGCAUACUUUACUAAAAGGAAAUGUAUUGCUUUCACCUCGUGGUGUAUAAUGAACAAAUCAAAUAAUAUGUAAAGCAUAUUUGUUUAUGGCCUUUUGAUUGAAGGUGUUUAAGGCCACCUAAUAGCUUUAGUCUUUGUUUCAGUUCAGUUAACAGUUAAUAUAAAUUUGUUUUCUGAGGAGAUUUAUUAAAAUGUCUGAGUUUAAUUUUUUUGUUUUAUUUCAUACUCUUUGGUAUUGCCCUGAUAGCUUUCUGCUUUAAGACUUGAUACAGUGAAUACUUGGAAUACAUUUUUGUAGAUAAUUUUAAAUACUGUAUUUGCUAAUUUACCCUGUUUAUUCAGAUGUAAACAGUCCUGGGUAUAUAGACUUUUUUGCAUUACUUGCAUGAAGUGUUAUGCUAAACUGUAACACUUGAACACAA